GUGACGUUAUUUUGAAAAUUAGACUAAAACAAACGAACGAAAAAUGUGAGCACAGUGAUUUUGGUUGUUUAAUUAAAUUAUUGUAUAUAUUGGGUUAUAUCAGAGAUUAUAACUAAAGAUUAUGUGAUAUACAGUGUCGUAAUCUAAAAAUAAAAGUGAUAUCGCGGCAGGAAAUCCUACAGGAAAUGAGAGACAAAAGUGGCAAGCUCGCCGACUUCUAAUUUAGUUUCCAUUCGCGAAAACCAUGGGUACGACGUACAGGGAACUUUUUAAAUUAUACGAUCUCAUACAAAACGGGGACGAAAGAUCCGUGGAACGAUUUUUUACUGAAAAUAAGAUAGAAUUAAAUGUGAUUUUACCAUGUAAAGGUAUUGGAGUUUUACAUUUAGCUGUAGGAAUAGAAAAUUAUGACAAAUCCAAGGCAUGCACAGAAAUAAUAUUGAAGAAUGGUGGAGAUCCUAAUUUAAGCAAUGAUGAUGGGAUUACACCAGUACACAUUGCUGCAAUAUGGGGCAAAGUUGACAAUAUGAAGCUGCUGAUAGGAUGCGGAGGAGACCCCUCAAGACUGGACUUAGAUGGGAUAUCUGCGUUUGACUAUGCUGUGCAAGAACAACAGUGGGAGGUGUAUGAUUACCUGCAUAACGUUGUGGACCAAAGUGAUGACUCUCUUGGCUCACAAUGUGCAUAUACAUUAGAUUUAGAACGAAUAUUAGUGACAACAGACCAAAUGGUCGCUGAAUACGAACCGGUAGCUGAAAAUCAAUUAAACAAUGCAUCUGCCAAUAGAAAAUCCGAAAUGAUACGCGAUUGGUGUGACAAAAAUAGUUUAGUUAUCAACAAACUGUAUCCAACUAUACUUGGUGAGACGUACCUUCUUGAAAACGAAUCCGUUCCUUGGAAAGACGGUGAAUUUACAAAAAGCUUAGAAUAUUUAAAUGAAACUGAUGUAACUUUUAAGACGUGCAUGUCUAAAAGAGGCAGCGACGUCGAAAUAAGUGGAAUACACCCACUAGAGCAAACCGUUGAAAAGAGCCAAACCAUUCAAAAUAUUAAACGUAAAGAAAGCAUAUACGAAAACUUCUCCCUUCCCGGUUCACCUAACAGUAUAAUACACAGAAACUAUAAUACAAAAACCAAUUUGAGAAAAGGUAAAAGCUGUACUGACUCAUCCUUUUGUUCGGAGUUAAAUAAGUUGAGUAUCGAUAGAAGUUCAUUGAUGACUGAAGAAUCUAGAACUGAUUUAGACAAAGCUAUUUCCAAAAGUUUAAGCAAAAGCAAGAAUUACAGCAGCGAUGCGUCGAUUUGUUCUGAAUUGAAUAAAUUGACGAUAGACAGGAGUUCAUUGUUGACUGAAGAAUCUAAAGUUGACUUAGAUAGAGCAUUAGUAGUUGUUCAGAACAGGACAAAUGAGUGGUUAUCUAAUUGUAGUAGUGAUGAUGUUAAACCGGGGAAUACAAGAAGAUCUUCGGCCAGUAGCGGAGUGAGCAGUAGUUUUUCUGGGAGUAUAGUGUUAGCGAACGUGCAAGAGGAAUAUAAAUAUGAGGAUAAAGAAGAGGAUGUCGUACUCAUUGAGAAGCGAUUGCUUGUUUCGUCGGUUGUGUUACCUGUAGACGAAGCUACCGAAGCAACAGACCAAACCAUUAUCUCCAUGGCUUCAUCAUUGCCCUCUUCAAUGGAGUAUGACAUAAACACUCUUAGGUUGGAGCUGAAGCGUCUAGGGUUCCAGCCGGGCCCUAUACAAGAGCAUAACAAAACACUGUACCUCAAAAAGCUCAAGAGUUUGAAAAAGAACCCGAUAGUUGUACAUCUUCAUGGCAAAACCUACAGUGUUGAGUUAGAAAAAUCACUUAGAAGUGACGACUGGUUGCGAAAUCCGUCACCUUACAUAGAUCUGGAGAACAAAGCGCGGGCCGACUUCGCGAACCCGGCCAAGAAAUGGAGGGAGGGAAACUCCAAGACCUCAUUCACCUAUCUAUUACUAGACCCCAGGUUGACGGAUAACCUGCCAGCGAAGUGCGCCAAACAGAAACCCUUGGACUCCUGGGUUACGUUUGUUAACUCCAUCUUUUAUGUCGGUAAAGGUAAACGUUCAAGACCCUAUUCUCACUUAUACCAGGCUCUCACACUAUGGAAGAGAGAUUUCAAAACGUCCAGCGACAAAAAAAUCCAACACAUCCUAGACAUAUGGUCGGAUAAAGUAGGCGUUAUAUGUUUACACGUCUUCCAAAACGUGAUACCAGCCGAAGCUUUCACUUACGAGGCGGCAAUGAUUGAUGUCAUAGGUUUGUCGAAUUUGAAAAAUUUAAAGUCCGGAAAUUAUUACGGCGUGGCGUCAUCCUGGCCUCUCAAAGAACGCCGUAUGUUAGGUUUGCAUCUUUUAUACAAAUCCAUGCAAAUAUUUUUCAACGAAGGCGAAAGACAUCUGCGACCUGAGGACAUAGACUGAUGAUAUAUUUAUUGUACAAUAUAAUAUAAUGCUUACCUAGCUAGAAUAGGAUUUUAGUACGGAAAUUCAAAAACUGUCUUAAAAGAUUUUAGUAUUUUCUUCGAGGAGAAGAUUACAUAUUGAAUUUAUUUAUUAUUAGCAUUAUUCAUUAGUUUUUAAUACAAUAAAAAAAAACAUUUGUUAGUGAAAGAUUAAGAUAUUUAUGACAACACGACUCAAAUUUAUCAUGUGGUUAGAGGACAUAGGUUUAUUUAUGUUCGGAAAUUCAAAUUCGUUCGUUUCUUGCUGACUUCGAAUAAAAAAAAAAAAGUCACUCUUUUAAACCAUAAACUAGUAGCUUAUUUUCAUGUUCUAAACGAUUACUGUAUCGUGUUUGAAAAAAUGUUUCAUCUACUUUGUUUUUACAAAAAGAAAAUUAUUCUAGUUUUGUAAGCAUUUAUUUUGAAGUUAAUUUAAACUUUUAACUAAACAAUCCAAUUAUUAUGGAGUCUAUAUGCAAAUAGACCAAAUAUUUUAGAUAUAAUUUUACGUGUCUUGCCAAAUACCAAUCCCCUUUUUGUGUACCUUUAUAAACUGAAAUAGCCAAAGAAAUAACAAUUACUUUUACGUAUUUAACAAUUACCUUGCUUUUAACAUUUUGAUAUUCAAUGUAUUUUUUUUAAUAUUUCUAACAACGAUUAACUUAAUAUUAUAACUAUUGAUUUACUUCUAUUGAUAAUACUAUCAGUAUUCUGAGUCCCAAUGCGAUUUAUUUAAGUGUAAGUUUUAUUUAUUUUAAAUUUCUAUGCAAUUUUUUAAUAUACCAAUCUUAACUUUAGUUUUAGUAUUAUUAACUUUAUUUUUAAGUUACCAUGCAUUUUCUAAAUUUACUUAUAACAAAAUUGUAUUUUUUGUUGGGUACGAGCCGAAUACAGUAUAUUAUAUGCGAUGCUAUUUAACAAUUUAUCGUGUAAAUAACUGGUCAAGUAUAGAAGGAGAAUAACGAUAAGUUAAGUUCUGUUGGCAAAAAAGUUUCUGUGAGAAUAGUUUUGAAUUACGUAAUAUACGUAAAUAAAAACUUUUCUAAACGAUUUUUUUGUAUAUGAUUGAGCUCAGCGGUUUGUUCAAAAUUUUACAAGCAUACUUAUAUCCUUCUUAUCUUGAUUUCUCUAGUAUUUAGACCUAUAAGCUUUAAAAUUGCCACUUUAACCCUUAUUAUUUAAUUUACGUUAUAUUCAUUUUCAAAUAUAAACUGAUAAUUUUAAAAUACAGGACACGAGGGUUAUGACAAUAUUUUGUUUUCACUUUAUUUGUAAAUCAAAUGGCUGUGACAUAAAAACUGCACGAGACAAUAGAAGUUGAUAGUCUUCAGACAGAAUUGUAGAAACUAUUCAAUGACCAGAUAUUUUUUUCAAUCAUUUUAAUCAGUAGGUAGGUUACGACUUAAAAUAAAAACGUGCAGUUUUUUAGAAUUGUUCAUAGUUACGUGACGAGCGAUCAUUGAUUUGAAUGUAUCAUUAAUGUAUGUGAUUCAUAUCCGGCUUGAAGGACCAAAAGUACGCGACGCGUCUUUUAUUGUUUGUGAACGAUAUGCAUACGAAAUUGCUAUUGCCAAAUAAAAUCAUGUGCGUAGAGAGCAUCGCAUUACGAAAUAUACAGAUAUUCGGUUCGCACCGAACAGUGAGAUCUCAAACUAUUUAUAAUUUAUACUUUUUAUUUUUAUUGUACCGUUUUGGUAUUAACUCUAAAAUUAUAAUUUUAACGUUUAAGCUUAAUCUUUACCCAGUGGAGUAGCUAUACGGAACCUCACCCGAAGAAACUACAAAAUUAAGUUACCUAUAAAAUUAAAACGAUCAUGUACUUCGAAUGCGCAAUGCACCAAUUUCAGAUUAGGAAUAAAUUGCUUGUCUAUGACCAUGUUUAUACAUGCUUCAAUGACCUCAUUCUAUAGGUCAAGGAUUUUGGUAAAUUCGUUGCAUGUACAAUUUCUUUAGUUUUGCUUUUGAUGCAAAUUUUCCUCACAUUGAAUAUAUGCAUUGGGUGCUAUCCAACGUAACUACUCCACAUAACCCAUUUACUGUAUGUUCCUAGUCAGUUCAUUUGUAAAGCAUAAAAUCUAUGGCUAUCCUUUAUAAAUUGUACAUUAUUUAGGGCUAUAGAAAAUAAACACAUUUUCAUAAGAAAUAAUUUAUCUUUA